UGUUGGUACUGGUGGGGGUGGAGGAAGGACUUGAAGGGUUUUUCCAAUUCUUUAGGUCCUGCAACUUUCACUUCCCAUUUCUGUGCUUCUAGAAGCUUCUGAGGAGUGCAACAGCCUUUAUAGAGCCCUUGCUGGUCCCAGGCAGAACAUCUUAACUUGCAGUCACCAAGAAGAACAUCAAAAGAGACAGCACCAUGGAAGAUGACAGGAACAACCUUCUCCCCAAUACAUACACUGGCUCUGCUCCAGUGCCAGAAAGGGGUUCUUCCAGCCGUAAACCCGUCUAUGCUGCCUUUUCCAUCCUGAUAGCCUUGCUUAUUGCGGGCCAGGCAGUGACUGGCUACUUUGUGUAUCAGCACAACACCCAGAUUUCCAAAGUAACCAAGACCGCCACUGAGCUGAAACUGCAGUCGCUGGCCAACAAUCUCCCUCAUGCUCCCAAGGCAGUUAACCAGAAGAGGAUGGCAAUGGCCAACAUUAUGCCUAUGGUCAUGAGGGACCCAGAUGAAGAGUCUCCAGAGGAUAAAAUGAAGCUGACCAAUAGCACUGAAGACCAGAUCAAACGUCUACUCAUGCAAUCAAACCCUCUCAUAAAAUUUCCUGAACUGAAUAAGAGCUUCAUGGAAAAUAUGAAUACUCUGAAGAACCGCUUGGAUUUUGAGGACUGGAAGUCUUUUGAAACCUGGAUGCACAAGUGGCUGCUCUUCCAAAUGGCCAAGAAUGAGAUUCCAGCUGAACAAGUGAAAACCAGGUGCCAGACAGAAGAAUGUGGUCGGGGUGUCCACCUGGGAAGAUUCUGUGCCAAGUGCGAUGAAAAUGGCGACUAUCUGCCUAAGCAAUGCCAUGGUAGCACUGGCUUUUGCUGGUGCGUCUACAAAAAUGGCACCAUGGUUGAGGGCACUACUAAAGUCCGUGGGCCACUGGACUGCACUGGAAAAGGGCAACUGGUGAACGUGACAGCUGGUGAUACUGAGAAUGUGACAGCUUCUCAGCUGAGCUUCAGUAACUAAAUGAUUGAGGAAUGCCAAGCAAACAGGGCAGGCAGUAGCACCAGCUGCAUCAGCUCAAGAAGCCCAGCUUAUCUUCUCCAGUUUGCUCUCGUUUUUUUGCUUCUGUAUUGAUUUCCUGAAUUAUGUUAGCCGCAACCACUUCUCAAAUUCCUAGGCUUAAGCAUUAUCCUUAAUGGAGGAGGGAAAAGUAGGUUGAUUAAAUAUAAUAGCCUGCUGAUCUGAGCCCUGAAUUACCUUUUUAGAGAAGUAACCCUUGUACAACCACAGCUUUAGCAGCAAAAUGCUUCAAGCAAGAAAGGGUGCUGUUUUCCUCAAUUAUUCAGCUCAUGCAGAGAGGAUCUCCCCCCCCCCCCGAAUAAACCCUGCAGUGAUUCUUGUGGCUAAUCAGGCUCCAUGAAUAGGGGAACAUUUACUGAAUGUAUGUGAAUAACAAUAGGAUUCUGAGACAGUGAGCACAUCUUCUGCAAUGAAAUAUCUGUUUCCCUCAAAUGGGGGUGGGGGGGAGAGAAUAUAAAAUUGUUUUCCAAAUAUAUUCUUCAAAGGUUUAUUACUCUAUGUUUAAUUCACCUUACUCUUUCCCCACUGGAUUCCUCCUGAUUUUAGAUAAGUCUUACAAGAGGUAGAAGAUUUCUACUGAACCCUUCAUUUAUUUGUUCUUUGGUGAUCACUCGUAGCCGAGUAAGGGUGCCUUCCAUGAACACAGUCUUAACAGUGAGGCUGUAAGUGACUGUGGAGCCCAGUUCUGGAUCCACACGUCCUUCCACAAUGGGGACAUAGGUUUCCAAGCAGGAGCUGAUCGUGGCGAGGGGUUGCCAAACGUUUCUCCUUUUUGCCCUAAGUUUGUGCUUCUUUAAAGGGAAAUUAUUGAGUGUUCUUUACAUAAAUGGAUAUGAACUGCUGUCAUCCUGAGUCAUGCUAGCUGGGGCUGAUGGGAAUCAGGGUCCUGAUGGUCUAGAGGAAUGGAGGCAUUACCUUAUGUAAGGUUUAAAUAUAGUUGUGAAUCCUGAAACCCCAAAUGCUGUACCCUAUGGAGUUGGUUGUGUACCCUUUGCAUUUGCUAGCAUAGCCCUAGAACUUGCUUUAGUAGAGUUUCUAGCAAGAGAAUACUGGAAUUGUAGGUAAGGCUAUAUAAAUCUGGGCAAAGAACAGGCUUCUCCCACAUCCAAAGCAAAUAUAAGUGAAUGUUUCUUCAAUUACACAAGCAAGCCAGCAGAGUGGAUAUAUAUGAGUGAUAGAUGAUAGACGAGCACCCACGCUUAUGACAUACUAAUUAUACCAUUUGAAUAUAUGAUCAUUGCUUUAUUAGUGAACUCAAAGAUGAUUUUAACUGUAAGUCUUUGUAAAGUUAAAAAAAAUAAAAGAUAACCUACUAAUA